AUGACAACGCAGCAGGGUAGGGAGUCACGAGAACCGUAUUCGUUACCACCAACGGCGUUCUACACCCCAUCGAGGGCAUCUCGCGUUAUUCCUGUCUAUAGCGACGCGCAGUUGACCACGCCGGUCCAUGUUCACCGCCAUUAUGUAUCCAGACCCGACGCGUCCUAUCCGCGAUCUGUACGCGAAUAUACCGCGCCGCCCUCGCCGUCCAUCCUCGGUAAACCGCGCCAUCGUCACGUCCCGCCGCCAUCUCAAAUAGAAAGCAAUAUCCAGACGGUUGUGCAUCUACUGUUGCGUCCGAGCCGAGGGGAGAUGAUGAUGGUGCUUGACUUUGCUCAGUCUGGCGCCUGCGUCAAUGAGGCGGCGACCAGCCCGCCUCUUCCGUCACUGGCCAUCAUCCACCAAAAGCUUCCAUGGCCCAUAGUCAUACAGAGGUCGGGCGAUCGAGAAUGGGUCACGGUCGCCGACGUUGUUAAGACGCUAUGGUAUGCUCUGCACAUACGCGACGCCUUACAGACGUCAACAUCGUCACCGUCCCUCGAAAGUCAGGACGAUGCGCCUUUUGACGGUCGUCGAAGCAUGCGAGGCUGCGACGAACAAGAAGUGGUCCGGCGGCCCAGACUGGUGUACUUGAGGGGAAAGACACGAUUUAUGGGACUCCGCGCUAUAGGAGGCGACACCUGGGAACUACUUGCUGCAUAGAUCUCUUUGGCCUAGUCUGAGUGCCGGUGCAUAAAAGGGCGACAACCAUCGACAUUGAGAGCGACACUGCUCAGCUAUCGGUGACGAUGACCCUUAACCCUAGGGAAAAGUGGGGUUAGGGUUACACU